GCUCUAAAGUCUAAACACCCAUAAGCUUAUGAGUAAAUGUUAAAGCAUACGCUGCUGCCUUCUCUGUCUCUCGCUUCCAGACUAGGUUGGUUCAUUACACGCACAAGAGGGCUCCGACCCAUCUCCACCACCACCACCACCAACAUCAAGAUGUCUUCUUCAGAGCACUACAUGUUCGGAACUUACAAGAUUCACCAAAAUGAAGUGUUCUACUCCACCCAACUCUCCUACGCCUUUGUUAAUCUUCGUCCUGCCGUUCCUGGUCAUGUGCUUGUCUGCCCAAGGCGUGAAGUUAAGCGCUUUGUUGAUCUCACUGUUGAUGAGACUAGCGAUUUAUGGCUCACAGCACAGAAGAUUGGCAGUCAGCUUGAGUGCUACCACAAAGCAUCAUCUCUCACAUUCACAAUCCAAGACGGGCCCCAGGCAGGACAGACGGUACCCCAUGUUCACGUCCAUAUCCUGCCACGCAAAGUUAAUGACUUCAAGAACAAUGAUGAGAUCUAUGAUGCUAUAGAUGAGAAGGAGAAAGAAUUAAAGCAAAAGCUUGACUUAGAUAAGGAAAGAAAGGACAGAAGCCCUGAGGAGAUGUUGCAAGAGGCAGAUGAAUAUAGAAAACUCUUCUAAGUAUUUCAGCCUCAACCUGCAGUGCAACAUGCCUAUUUGAAAAUUUUCAGGGUAUCUCCAAUUUGUUUGGACAAUUAACUGUUAGCUUUGCUAGAUAAGCUUAUCCAAAAAAAAAAAUGAAAACUGUGGUAAUUUCCGUUGAACUUUAUUUGAUUGUAAGAAGCUAAGAGUAAAGCUUUACAAUAUCUACAUUUUAAUUUUCUAUCUGAUAUUUUAUGA